AUGUUGGUCUUCACAAACGACAGGGCAAACUGCAUCGCUUGCAUUAGAUAUUUGGCAACUGGGUGUACAUUUGUCUCACUUUCAUUCUACUUUGCUAGAGGUGAGAGCACCAUUGGGUAUGUCGUGUACGAGACUACUAAGAUAUUCUGUGAUGUGCUUAGAGAAUCUUACAUUCCAAUACCAACCAAACAAGAAUGGAAGCAAAUUGCUGAACGAUUUUAUUCUUUGUGGAAUAUCCCGAAUUGUAUAGGAGCAGUUGAUGGCAAACAUGUGCGCAUUGAAAAGUUUCCGAACAGUGGUUCGAGUAACUUCAACUACAAAGGUUACCAUUCUAUCGUAUUAAUGGCUUGUUGUGACGCGGACGGGUUGUUUACAAUGAUUGAAUGUGGAUAUGCAGGAAGAAACAGCGAUGGUGGUAUAUUUCGUGCUUCAGCAAUUAAAUAUUGGUUGACGCACAGUGGACUUGAUAUUCCGUCACCUGCUUGGCUUCCGAAUGACAUAAAUGAAUCCCUUUGUCCUUUCUACUUAGUUGGAGAUGAAGCCUUCCCAUUAUCCCCUUAUUUAAUGAGACCAUAUUCGAAAAGAAUUCUUGAUAAUACAAAAAGAAUUUUCAAUUAUCGCUUAAGUCGUGGUCGAAAAACUAUAGAGUGCGCGUUUGGAAUGAUGUGCGAGAAAUUCCAGAAUGAUUCGUCUUCUGUCGAUACAGCGAUUAGUGAAAAUGAAAAGCAAGUGUAA